AUGGCUGUGAGCGAGUAUGCUGACAGACCUCUCACCAAUCCGGACCUUCCUCCACGGAAUGUAACUGGGUUCAAAUGGGUUCUUGUGGUUUUGUCAAUUCUAUCGGCGAUCUUCUUGUUCGCAUUGGACAACACGAUCGUCGCCGAUGUUCAACCCAAGAUUGUCGACUCUUUUGGCGAAAUCAACAAACUGCCGUGGAUUUCCGUUUCCUUUGCCCUCGGUGGUGUCGCCGUCAACUUAGUCUGGGGCAAGGUCUUUGCUCAGUUCGAAACGAAGAAGUCCUUCCUCAUUACCGUCAUCCUCUUCGAAGUCGGCUCGGCAGUAUGUGGUGCGGCACCGACGAUGAAUGCCUUGAUCGUGGGACGAACUAUUUGUGGUGUCGGUGGCUCUGGUAUCUAUCUUGGGGCAAUCAACCUUCUUUCCAACAGUACGACGGAGGCCGAGAGACCUGGUUACCUUGGAUCUGUUGGAUUGACUUGGGGAAUUGGGACCGUGCUUGGACCCAUCAUUGGAGGAGCCUUCGCUGACUCCAAGGCAACCUGGCGAUGGAGCUUCUACAUCAACCUCUGCGUGGGAGCGUUGGCCGCCCCCAUUUACUUAUGGCUCCUCGAGACACACGACCCUAGACCGACCGCUUCUUGGAAAUCCCGCAUUCAGCACAUCGAUAUCCUGGGUGCCAUCCUGAGUGCAGGUGGAUUUGUUUCUGGGAUCAUGGCUAUCGCCUUUGGAGGUGCUAUGUUCGAAUGGAACAGUGGAAGGAUCAUCGGUCUCUUUGUCUGCUCCGGCGUGCUGUGGAUCUUGUUCGGAAUUCAGCAAGUCUUCUUCACAACACCCGAGACUCGCCUCUUCCCUCUUGAGUUCCUCAAAUCAUACGAGCAGGUAGUUCUCUUUGUUCUGGUGGCAGCUGCGGUCACUUGCGCUUUUGUUCCCGUCUACUUCAUUCCUCUCUACUUCCAGUUCGUUUUCGGGGAUUCUGCGACACAGGCAGGUGUGCGACUCUUGCCCUUUGUGUUCAUCAUGGUCUUCGCCGUCAUCUCAAAUGGUAUCCUCAUGGGAAUCAUUGGAUACUACAUGCCUUGGUACCUCGUUGGCGGCGUUCUGGUUGUUAUCGGUGCGUCGCUUAUGCACACGGUCACCCUCGAAUCCAGCACCUCCAGGAUUUACGGCUACAGUGUGAUCUUGGCUCUAGGCACAGGGCUUUAUUCACAAGCAUCGUUCCCGGUCUCACAGGCGAAGGGUGGUCCUUCGAAGGUCGCUUCGUCCACUGCCUUUAUUGGCUGCGGUCAGAUUGGCGGUAUCGCCCUGGGUUUGACUAUCUCCAACAGCAUUUUCAUCAAUCAGGCGACGAACAAGAUCUCGGCAGUGAUGCCCGAUGCAGACAAGGAUCUGAUUCAAAUGGCCAUCAGCGGUGCCGGGGGGCCCUUCUUCAAAUCGCUUUCUUCCACCCAACAGGUUGCCGUACAGAGGGCACUGGUGUCGACUAUCGGCAAUAUCUACUAUAUGCUUGUCGCAGCCGGAGCUCUAACCGUGGUUCUGUCUCUGUUCAUGAAGCGAGAGAAGCUUUUUGUGCAGUCUAAGAAGGACACAUCGGAGCCUUCGGUGGAGGAGCCAGUGCAGGCGAUUGUGGAGAACAAGCCGGUAGCAAGCAAUUAUUAG